GCUCUCCCCAAACCGAACCGUUCUUGCAUCUGGCUGGCCAAUGAGAUGCGCAACGGCCCGUGUUUCGUGAUGAUAACACUCGAUGGCAUGGCGGACGGCUUAUCUCCCCCGGGGAUUUAUAUCAUCACGAUGCAACACCUACCUGGACCCGGUACCGGAGAGCUGGCACGAGAGAGCUGCAACCUUCCUGACCCUUCCUCUGUCGGACUUGUUGUAGGCUCCAACGCCAGCUGUGAUGCGUGCCACUCAAUCGCUGAAAUUUCAACGAGACGACCCCUGAGAAUCUCCUCCCCAUUUCGGUUGCCAUUCUCCCCUCUGUUUGAAAAUCUGCCUCAACCUUUCGCUUUGACCGCUCAGUUCCAUCUUCAGCAAUGGCUCGGACGUGGCAACCCGGCCAUGACGACCUCAUGCUUGAUGAGGAGGCAAAGGUCAACGUUGACUACCUCGCCCAUUCCUGGACGCACGAGGAGAUGUGGGCCACCAGAAAGCACAUCCGCAAGAUCAAGCACGGCAACAUCGUCCGAAGUCGGUUUGAAAACGCCCUGUGGAGAGCGUGGCCGGCGUCCAGCCCACGGCCUCGGCGUCUGCCAGCCGAAUUCCUGGCCUGGGACAAGGACAGCGACAUCACCUGGCUCUACGGCCCAUUGAAAUCCGACAAGAGCCCCAACACAGCAGACAAGACGUCAAACUCAAUCAAACCUCGCCAAGAGCCAAAGAAAUCGUCUCUCAAGCGAAAGCCCAGCAUCUGGGAGGUAUCCGACGCCGCCACACCAGCCCCGUCCCCCUCAACCGGCAAGUCCCUUCUCGGCCGAUUCUGGAACAUCACCAUCCAAACAGUCCCAGGCAUCAUCCUCAGCUCCCCACAACCCUGGCCCCAGCGCAAGAAAUGCCGCGUCCACUUCGAAGAGCAGGUCCAGCGGUGCCAAUACAGUAACACCAGCGCCCUAUCCCACAGCCUCCCUUAUUUCUUGGAGAAUUCUGCUGCGUACGCAGACGCAGGACAGAACUGGCAGACUAUCGAGCCGCUGCCCUCGACCUUCCUGUCGGGCUUUGAGAUGUUCGAGCCAGCCGGCUCGGGGCAUUGCCACUCGUUCUUCAAUUUUCUCGAGGAGCUGGAUCAGUCGAUUUGAGGUGGAAGGGGUGGAGAUGGGGAGAUAUGGGUA